UUUAAAAACUUUUAGAGUUAAAAGAAGUGGGAAACAAUUCAUCUGGAGCUUCAUUUCAGCGAAAUCGAGCCGCCGCAGAGUUUUCCCCCACCCAAACCCAAACAAAGACGCCUGACGCGGCGUUAUUGAAUUACUCUCAGGAGUUUACGGCUCCGAUGCGUUCUGUGCCGAGAUUCCCGACCCGUUCGGAAUGAGCAAAUUGGCCCUGUGGGUGCUGACGGGCCUGACGGCUGUCACCACCGUCUUCUUUAACGUCUACAUCUUUCUGAUGACUCUGUGGAACCAGACGGGGAAGAAGGACAGGAGUCCCAGCGAAACCAUCAUCAUGGCUCUGGCGGCGGCCGACGUCGCCUACCAGCUGAUGUGCUACGCCUGGAUGACCAUGGACCAGGUGGACAGCGACUGCCACAUGGUGGGGAUCUUCUACACCAUCCUGCUGGUGCUCAUCUCCAGCUUCAAGUUCACCAUCAUCUGGGACACGAGCUUCCUCACGUUCUACUACAGCACCAAGCUGGUCAGCACGCCCAACCACUGCUACACCCAGAUCCAAGCCGCCAUCCUCAAGCACGCCACCCUGGCGGUUUUCGUCAUCCCGCUGCUCGGCCUCGCCACCUGCACGCCGAUCCUGGUGGUGUUCCAAUUGGACAACCGCACCCAAUGGGAAACCAACGACAUGGACUGCGGGAUUCUGCUGCCGGAGUCUACCGUCGGACGGGCCUACGACGUGAUCUUCCUGCUGCUGUCGGACGUGCUGCCCGGGAUGGUCAUGCUGAAGUGCUGCAUCUCGAUCUCCGUCCACCUGGCCAUCCACCUGCGCCACAUGAAGGCCAGCACCAACGGCGCCCACCCGCCGAAGCUCGGCUCGGAGAUGAGAGUGGUCCAGAUGUCCUUGGCCCUGGCGGGGAACUUCCUGAUCUUCCUCGCCGUCGACCUGUACGUCAACUACGAGGUCGUGGUGAAACACGAGAACUCCCUGGCCAUCGCGUUCUUCAUCACGUCCGUCUACACGACCGUCACGGCCAUGCUCCUCAUCUACGGCAAGAAGACUCUGUGGAAGACGAUGAUACGCGACAUCAACACCUGCCUGGACGCAUAUCCAUGUUUGUCCUGCCUGAAGCUGCCCGAGCAAAAGGCUCCACCCGGCAGUCCUCCAAAGGUUAAAAAGUGAAAAUGCAGAUGUUAUGCCACCUUUCUUGUACUUCUGUCACGUUACAAAGUAGC